UUUGGUUUAGUCAAUUGCCAAAUUCUGGCUUCCACACAAGUGCCAGCAAGUGAGGCUCUUAAGUAACCCAACGGAGAACGGAUUGGCGGAAUGGACAGACGAUUGAUUCUACUGCUCUUCGGUGUGGCUGUCUGGCUGAGCGGCAGUGCCAGUGCCCAGCGCGAUCAUCCACGGAAAUGGGGCAGCGGGGAGCCGCAUCCCAUCAAGUAUGUGGAGGAGCAGCAGACGGAGUACUGGGUGGCGAAGGCACAGGAAACGCUGCACGCCAAGCUGGCCGAGACGCAGGCGGCCCACACGAAUACGGCCAAGAAUGUGAUCAUGUUCCUGGGCGAUGGCAUGUCCGUGCACACGGUGACCGCCACCAGGAAUCUGCUCGGCGACAGUGCCGAGAAGGUGUACUUCGAGCAGUUCCCCUACACGGGCCUCUCCAAGACGUACUGCGUCAAUCGGCAGGUGGCCGACUCCGCGUGCACUGCCACCGCCUAUUUGGGCGGCGUGAAGGGCAACUACGGCACCAUUGGCAUCAAUGCGAAUGUGUCGCGCUACGACUGUGACGGUGCCGGCAAGGAGGAGAAUCAGGUGGAGAGCAUCGCUCAGUGGGCGCAGGAGGCGGGCAAGGAUGCGGGUCUCGUGACCACAGCCAGAGUCACACACGCCUCACCAGCGGGCGUCUAUGCUCACGUCGCUGACCGCAAUUGGGAGAACGACUGGGAGGUGAGCAAGAGACCCUGCGACUCCGAGCAGACCCUGGACAUUGCCCGCCAGCUGGUGGAGGGGCGUGUGGGCAAGGCGCUGAAGGUGGUGCUCGGCGGCGGACGGCAGCAGUUCAUCAACACCACCGUAAACGAUGAGGAGGGAUAUCCCGGCUAUCGUACCGACGGACGGCACCUCAUCAAGGACUGGCUGGCGGACAAGCAGGCGGCCAAUGUCUCGGCCAACUAUGUGUGGAGUCGGAAGGGUCUCGGCCUGGUGGAUCUCGACAAGACGGAUUAUCUGCUGGGCCUCUUCGCCAGCUCCCAUCUGCCGUAUAACGGCGAUCGGGCACGCAAUCGCAGCCAGCUGGCGGAUCCCUCCCUGUCCGAGCUGACGGAGGCGGCCAUCCGAGUGCUGCAGCGCAACGAGAAGGGAUUCUUCCUGUUCGUGGAGGGUGCCCGCAUCGACAUGGCCCACCACGACACCUAUGCCCGGCGCUCGCUCGAGGACACGGCCGAGUUUGCGCUGGCUGUGCAGAAGGCCCGCGAGAUGACCUCCGCGGAUGACACCCUAAUCGUGGUCACCGCAGAUCACGGACAUACCAUGUCCAUCAACGGCUAUCCGUAUCGCGACCAGGAGAUCUUUGGCCUGACCGAUGACACGACCGACGAUGAGCUGCCCUACACGAUCCUCUCCUAUGCCAAUGGUCCCGGCUACAAAAGCGCCUACGAUCAGGCCCAGGGCAGGGUGCGCCUCACCGAGAAGCUGACGGACAAAACGGACUUCCAGUAUCCCACACUGGUGCCGCUCGCUGCCGAGUCGCAUGGUGGCGACGAUGUGGCAGUCUAUGCCUCAGGUCCCUUUGCCCAGUAUUUUAGCGGCAAUUACGAGCAGACAAAUAUUGCAGCUAUGAUGGCUCGGGCCGCCGGCAUUGGACCCUAUGCCAACGUUCAGCCCUAGAUAAAUGCGGGAGUUGGACAUACUGUGUGUGAUGAUUCCUCUUCUGGGGGGGAAAAAAAUUCAAUUAAACUGCAACAGAGUUA